AUGUCACACGGUCGUUAUAUAUCCUGGCCAGAUGCGCAUGUGCUGACCAUAGCGCCCACCUACCCUCCAUCCGGCGCUGCCAACAACUACCCUUCUCCUGCAGCCUCUCGUCGACCAUCCGAGUGCCUCUCCGAGAUGAGCAUGAGUGGCAGUCGGAGGGGUAGUUUAGCUGGCUUUGCGUCGGAAAUGGAGAGUACAGGGCAAUGGCAAUCAAUAGGCAGUGAAUCAAAAAGUCCACUAGCACAAUUUGGUUUCUUCAAAAACCUGACGGAGAAGAAGACAACACGGGAUGGCCAACAACCGAAGAGAAGAGGUCCCAAGCCAGACAGCAAACCAGCCACGACACGACGACAGGAGCUAAAUCGUCAGGCACAACGAACGCAUCGAGAAAGGAAAGAACUGUAUAUCAAGGCUCUCGAGCAAGAAGUCAUUCGCCUCAAAGAUACAUUCGCUACUACUUCCCGAGAACGAGACGCUUUCGCAGAAGAAAAUCGACGACUAAAAGAAUUGCUCAUGGCUCACGGUAUUUCAUUCGAACUUGCUAGCCCUACAAACGGCAUGGGCCGUAUCGGGAGUUCCUCAUACGGAAGCUCAAGUGGCAGUGCAUCAUAUGGCCCAGGGUCAGCGUCAACUGGCUAUACAUCACCACCACAAAGUUUACAACAUCGCGGCUCUAGUUCGCAUGACGUGCAGAGCCAGCAACCGCUGACCAUGCAACAAAACCCACUGGACUAUGAUCAAAUCGGAAUAGAUUUCGUGUUAACCCUCGAGCGACCUUGUAUGGACCACAUGCAGUACUUAAUGGUGCGCGCCCACGACGCCGACGAAACGAUUAGCGGACACGCACUCAUGGCAACGGCACCACCGGAUGCACAUAUUGCAAAUUGCCCGCAGGAGCAUUACCCGCAUCAAAUGCCGGAUGUCAAAAUGCCGGAUCUUAUGAAGCUGCUGGACCUCAGCAACCGUCUUCCCCUUGAUGGGGAGAUCACGCCUAUCAUGGCGUGGGCAAAGAUUUUGAAAGAUGAAAAGUUUAGGGAGUUGUCGAAAGAGGAUCUCGGGCUUAUCAAGGGGGAGCUGCUCGCCAAAGUGCGAUGCUAUGGCUUUGGUGCAGUUCUCGAGGAGUUCGAAGUUAGCGACGCGCUAAUGACUGUUCUUGCUGGAAAAUACUCGAAUGGUAACCCUACACCCGUCAUGUAA